ACAGAACUAUAGCUGCUUGGACAUUUUUCUUUUCAGGGCCCAUUUCUGAGUGCUGUUGCCCAUCCUCAGUCCCUUUGGAAGUUUAAAUCAGAAUUAAGGCAGCUAAGGGUACUGAAAUAUUUCUGGUAACUUUGCCUGCUGGUAGGUCAAGGUCCUAUGCAGACACCAGCAACAAUGGAAAGCCCCUGCAGCAGCUUCUGCACAUUACAGAGCAGACAGUGUCAGCUCUCAAACUGUUUAAUUCCCAUUUUCCUGACUAUUCAGUGUGAUGACACAUUUGUGGUAUUCACAUGCACCAUUUAUACACACAAGAAAAAACCCCAAGAAAUAAAGUGUAACAUCCAAGCUCUAUCUGACCUACUGAUAGCUUCCAGUCACACUUGGCUCAGUUCUGUUCUUACAGAAACCUGACAAAAUAUGAGAAAGGAUUUUUGUAAUAUGAGGUCAGACUCUGUCCAGAGAAUUUCAGAGCCGAAGAUGGCAAACAGUAAUCAUAUCUUUUUAUUCUUUUAUUAUUUUAUCCUGUCCCUUUCUUACCUCUGCUCCCAUCUUCUCUUUUACUGAGGCUGCCACAACUGUUCUCAAGACUUUGGCAUGCAAAGAGCUGACUCCCCAUUCAGUCUGACAGAGCUGGGGACCAUGGCCACAGUAAUGGCAAGGACAUCAACAGCCGGAUGAUAUUUCUGGCCUUCAGCAUUUACACGCAGGAGUUAUUCUCACUUCUCUCUCAUUUUUCACAUGGAUUAUUGUCUUCCCUUGAAAAAUCAAGAGUUUAAGAGCUGUUACACAAGCCUCAGGUGCUUGCUGCAGACAGGAGAAAGUUGCUCUUUUUUAGACAGGGUUUCAGUGGAGGAGUUGGGGUCUUGGUCCAGUUCUCCCAAAUCCCUAAGCAGUCUUUAGCCAUUGAAUCAUCUUUCCAUUCCAUUCAACCUAUAUUGGCUCCUUUAUAUUUUGCUGUUUCAAGCUCUGUAAACUGUAGUUAGCAGGGCUUGAUUAUUACCACACUGUUGUGCUACCAGCAUCAUUCUUUGGGAAUUGUAAAUAACUCAUCCAGAGUUUAAGCUCUCCUUAGCCAUCUCUAUAGUAUACAUGAAGAAAUCCAACAAAGCUGAACAAAGUUUUACCUCAAAAGGUCAGGUCAAAAACCUUCUCUGCUGUUACAGAACAGAUGAACAGUUAUAGCAGAUAAUUAGGCUGAUUUGCCAAACAUUUCAAUAAAGAAAAUGAAAUCAUUAAAACAUACUGAUACAAAAAUAUAUAUUGUCCCAAUCAUUAAAGGCUCUAGCCAUCUUUGAAGGAAGAUUUUAAUGGCUGAACUGCUGGACCAAGAGCCAGAACUCUGGAGACCUUUGGGAUUUUAGACUAUCUUGUAAUAAUGUGUGAUAAUUAGGCAAAGAGUCUUACCUCUAAGUUCAACAUGCUUGUUUAAUCAUUCUGAUCAGAGAGGCUCAGUUAGCAUUUUUAAAUUCCUACACAGCUCUAAAAAUGUUUACUUUCUACAGAAAAGUCUGCCUAGAUGGUGUGACUGAAGAUCAUUCUAACUUAAAACAUAAACAAACAUGCUGUGAGCAUCCUGAGCUGAAGGUGCCAAUAGACAGAUAUGCUUUUUACAGUAAAAAAACCUUAACUAUUGACUCUUAUUUUUAAACUAACCCUUCAAAUUCCUUCAAUUCAUGGUCCAUUACUUCUGUGCAAACUGUGAAAUGUUACCACAUCUUUAUGUACUUUCUAUAGGUUGAAAUGAGGAAUGAAGUUGUAAAGAGAUAAUAAAUUAAAUCCCCUUUCUAGUUGAAUUUAAAGCUUGUUCUGAAGACUUGUUCUAAUAUCUUGAAAUGCUGGAGAUACUGCAGAGCCUAUUCACUUUUUCUACUAAAUGCAUAGAUUUCCGAUUUUGAAUCUCUCUCCAUUACUGAAAAAUGUUCCAAAUAUUGUAAUGAAAAACAACAGAAAAUAAGAAACUAAAUUUGCAAAGAGGAUUUGGAUUUGCAAAACCAGUGUUUUGAUCUCAUUUUGAUGUGACAAGUUUUGUAAGACUUGUUAUUUAUCAUAUAAAUUUUAGACGCAGAUGCAGUUUUUUUAUUCAUUCUCUAUAAGUGACUAAAUGUGGAACUUGGCAGAUCCUAGAGAUUCAUGUCCAAGCAAGGACAAAUUCCAAACUUCUUGUUAUUGCUCAAAUGUUCUUCAUUAUGGAAAAAAUAACUUAAACACGGAAAUGCAGUAGUGUAAGCAAAGUGGAGACUUGGGAAAGUCUGUGACGAAGAUCUCCUGUCAUAUUGCACUUACCUUUAUGAGUCAGUGUGAGAUGGGCUGUUUCAAGAUUUCCCUUCUGUUAUUUGUUAGGAUUCCUUACAUAAUGUGUAAUUCACAAAUUACAUGUUGUUUUCAAGUCUUUGCCAAAAUUAAAAGUUUACAAGAUGUUAAAAAAACCAGAGCAACAUUAAAUCCUGAGCCAUUUAGAGUUUUCUCCAUUGUGAUGGUGUAAACUGGAGCAUGUUUUGUUUAUCAAUUUUAGCACUGUUUGCAUAACUAUCUUACUAUGCUUUAAUGAAUAAAAAUUUGGGAUAAAAGUCUUUUUCGUUAUAGGAAGUUCAUAAUAAGGUAUCACCAUUCAGCCUCCCCUGCCUUUUCAUUUUAACUUACUUAUCAAACAAAAAUGGACACAAUUGAGUAAGAAUCGAGAUAUAUGGUGCAUGUGUUGGUGAAGUAGCCAAUGAGAAGAAUAUUUUCCUAUAAGUAAAUAGCAUUCCAGUCCCUUGAUAAUUUCUCAUUGUUUGUUGGGGUUUUUUUUUAAUUGAAAACCUACAUUGUUUACAUGGCUAUGCUUAAGACAGAUUUGCAUGUAAAGUCUGAGAUGCAAGGUAUUAUCUUUUUAAAAUAUUGCUCUAAUUAGUGGACAAUCAGAAUGAAAAAGAUAAAAAUAAUUUAUAAACUCUCUGGCUACUUGGUCCCAGAAAGUAAUCAGGAAAAUAAGAAGCUUAUUUGGGUACAAGCCUGAGAAAAUACAGCAGUCAUCAUGAAUAUUACUGAGAAGGAAUAUUCACAGAGAUUCAUGCCCUGGACACCUAUAGUGGGGUACAAAAAACAGUGCUUUCCAAAAAGAGUGGAAGUGGGGUUUAGCAAUGCUCAUGUUUCAUUCCCACCUAUCUGUGCUGCUUUACCCCCAGCCCCUUGGCAUGGCUCCCCUCAUGGCUAGCAGGGAAAGGAGCUCCCAACACACCAAAAGCCAAAUUCUAAUUUCUCCCUGUGUGCAUUGGUACAGAGAAGGCAAUUCAGAGCUGGUAAUUAAGUUCUUAGUUUUACAAACAUUCACACAAUGGAACUUUUAAUUGGCAAGGACAAUUUGAGAGCUUUAAUUAGCGGUCAAAGGAUGACAAGAGCCACGACACAUGGCCUGUAUUAUUUCACAAUGAGAAUGAAUUAUUUCACCUCUUGAAAAUUACUUCAGCUGACCUUUGGGAAAGUUAAAAAAAUAAAAUCCUUGGGCUUUCUUCCAAAAUGUAACAUCAUACACAUGGUGUAUGGCCAGCAAAACACUCAGGACAGCCCUCAGUCACUCAGUUGUGCCUCAGGAUGCAUCUUUGAAUUCUCUCAGUAACCUCUGUACUGCUGUUUGUCAACUGUUUCUGAAUUUGAAACUUUGCCUGGAUUGCCAGGAAAGACGAAGAAUAGUUAUUUUCUUUCCUUUUGAAGACAUCUCCUGUUCACUUUGGAAUUUUUUAAAAAAUGACUGAAACUCCUCUACUGAAUAUUCCCUCCUCAAACCAGAGUGAAAAUCAGAGCAACUCAACUGUUUGCCCAGACUUGGAUGACUGGUGGGACAUUGUGUACUAUGUAGGGCCCAAGUACAUCAACACUGUCUGCAUUAUUGGUAUGCUUGGAAAUGUGUUUGUUCUCUUCACUUACUCACUGCACAAGGGCCCCCUGAAGAAAGCCGAAAUCUACCUUAUGAACCUCGCUGUUGCUGACCUUAUCUUCCUCAUGUGCCUCCCUUUCUGGGCAGAGAACAUCAACAACGAGUUCAACUGGCCCUUUGGCCGUUUCCUGUGCCGCAGCAUCAGCGCCUCCAUCACCCUGAACAUGUACACCAGCAUCUACCUGCUCGUGGCCGUCAGCCUGGAUCGCCACCUGACUUUUGUCCACACCUUGAGCCACAGAGAGAUGUGGAGCAAAUCUAUGACCAAAGGGAUCUGCUUGCUCAUCUGGUUCUUUUGCAUCCUUCUCAGCAUCCCAGCUUUCGUGUUCCGGACUGUGAAAGACUUUCCCCAGUGGAAUAUUUCAGCCUGCACUUUGGACUUCCCCAGCCCAGCUAUUUCGUGGGAAAUAGCUGAAAACCUGGUGGGCAAUGUGGUGGGGUUUCUGCUGCCAUCCACAGCAAUCAUCUUCCUCAAUUUCUCCACCAUUAGGUCUCUACAAAAAACAGCGAAAGAACGAAGAGCGCUCAGAGCAAAGGGUUGCAAGAGGCACAAAGGCACGAAGGCAACCAGGCUGAUCAUCACUGUGGUACUGAUGUUUCUUUUCUGCUGGACUCCUCACCAUUUUUUUGUAUUCCUUGAUAUUUUAUACCACACAGAAGUGCUAAAAAGCUGCUUCUGGGGGGAACUGAUCAACUUUGGGGAGCAGUUUUCUUAUAUGCUGGCUAUGACCAACAGCUGCAUUAACCCCGUGAUUUAUGUCUUUGUUGGGAAAUACUUCAGGCAAAAGGCUUUAGAAGUUUUUUCACAGUUUAUUCCCUGUGGAUUUCCUUUGAGAUGGGUAUCUUUCAAAGAAAUGUCUUCAAAUUUCAACAUGUUUCCAGUCAAGAGUAGUUUCACAUAAUUGUUCUCAGUUCCUCUUCAUUUUGAUAUUAUAACUUAUUUGCUUUUUUCCCUCAGCUUUUUUUUCCCUCCCUUACUUUUCUGGUUUUGUGUUAUCUAUCCAAAUGCAGAAUGUGUGAUGCCAGAAUUUUUUACCAAAUGAUCUAACCUGUCUUACCUGUUAACAGUGUUAAAAGAAAAACUUUUUGACAAAAUACCAGAAAUCUGGUUUCUUUGCAGAAAGCCAUAAGCCAGCUGAAUAUUUUGUUACGUUAUAUCUGUGAUGACAGCUACUAUACCACCUAUUACACUAUUCAUAAAAUUACAACACAGCAAAUAUGAGCUUAAUCUUUGGCUGAUAAAUGCAUUUAAGCAGGUAUGGGAUAACUUUGGUUACUUUGAACAAUAUUUUCACUGAUUUGCAUUUUCACAGUAAGAUGUAGAGAAUUUUUUUUUGUGCACUUUAAUUAUGUGCAGUGCAUAAAUAUUCUACAAGAGGAUGUAACACAAAGAAAGUGUACAUAAAUUGUAAAAAAAACAAGGUAAUUCAGUAGCCUCCUCAAAACCUGACUUUUGCUGAUCCAGUAAAGUAUUACAAAAUUGCUCAUAAAGUACUGUAAAGAACCUUUUUAUUUUUUGUAUGUGACUAUAUCUAUGAAGGCCAUUGAUACUGUAUUAUUUCGAGGCAAAUCCUUAGAGACAUAUUUAUGGUUUUAUGAAUCAAAAUUAAUAAACUACUUAACAUCUUC